AUGCACAUGUGUUACUUUGGGGAUAACAGUUCUCUUGCCAAUGACAUACGAAAAGAAAUGAAUGUAUUAAAUAGUAAAUUGUUGAAAGAUAAAGAUAAAAACACAAAGAGGGAAAUCCAUAAAAACUUAGGAUUCUUUCAAAAGAAGAAGGCAAAAGGCAACAACUUGCUGGGACAAAUGUGUGAUACGGAGGAAAAGAAGGAUGAAGAAGAAAGCACAUUGAAUGAAGGUGAAGCUGAGAUUGCUAUAGCACAUGCAAGAAGGUUGAUUCAAAGUGAUGUACAUGCUUCUGAUAUUGGAGUCAUUACCCCUUACUCAGCACAGGAGCCAUUUCCAUCGAAACAACACUUCUCGAGUUUUAAAGAAUCAAAAGGUAUGCAAGAAAACGGGUCAUCGAACGGUGGGGUUUCAAGAACCUACCUAUGUCGAUAG